CUCCCCGGGCGGCGCGAGGGGCCGGCGGGUCCUGGGGCAGCGCGAGGUGGCCGUGGAGCAGCGGGGCAAGGCCGGCGAGCCCGGGACGCGCCUGGUCGCAGCUCAGCCUCCGCGGAGCCGGACGGCGCGGGUGCCGCACUUGCCUCGUUUGCGGGUCCCACCGUCCCAGCCCCGCCGGGCGGACUGCGGCCGGGCGGCGGGUCUGGGAGGUCCGGGCUGCCCCGAGAGCUCAGAGAGCCCGGCCCGCUCCUCCGCUGCCGCGACGAGGAGCCGGGCGGGCGGCGGACGCGCUCCCCGCGGCCCCGGAAUGACUUGUCGGGGCUCCCCUUUGGCGCCUUUGCUGCUCCUCUCUCUGCAUGGUGUUGCAGCUUCCCUGGAAGUCUCCGAGAGCCCUGGGAGUGUCCAAGUGGCCCGGGGUCAGACAGCAGUCCUGCCCUGUACUUUCACUACCAGCGCCGCCCUCAUUAACCUCAAUGUCAUUUGGAUGGUCAUUCCUCUCUCCAAUGCAAACCAGCCUGAGCAGGUCAUUCUGUAUCAAAGUGGACAGAUGAUUGACGGUGCCCCCCGGUUCCAUGGUAGGGUAGGAUUUACAGGCACCAUGCCAGCCACCAAUGUCUCUAUCUUCAUUAACAACACCCAGCUAUCAGAUACAGGCACCUACCAGUGUUUGGUUAACAACCUUCCAGAUAGAGGGGGCAGGAAUAUUGGGGUCACCGGUCUCACAGUUUUAGUUCCUCCUUCUGCCCCACACUGCCAAAUCCAAGGACCCCAGGAUAUCGGCAGCGAUGUCAUCCUGCUCUGUAGCUCAGAGGAAGGCACUCCUCGACCAACUUACCUUUGGGAGAAGCUAGACAGUAGUCUCCAACUACCCCCAACAGCCACUCAGGACCAGGUCCAGGGAACAGUCACCAUCCGGAACAUCAGUGCCCUGUCAUCAGGUUUGUACCAGUGUGUGGCUUCUAAUGCCAUUGGGACCAGCACCUGUCUUUUGGAUCUCCAGGUUGUUUCUCCCCAGACCAGGAGCAUUGGACUAAUAGCUGGAGCCAUUGGCACUGGUGCAGUUAUUAUCAUUUUUUGCAUUGCACUAAUUUUAGGGGCAUUCUUUUACUGGAGAAGCAAAAAUAAAGAGGAGGAGGAAGAAGAAAUUCCUAAUGAAAUAAGAGAGGAUGAUCUUCCACCUAAAUGUCCUUCUUCUGCCAAAGCAUUUCACACCGAGGUGUCCUCCUCAGAGAGCAACACAUUUACCUCUUCCAAUACCUAUAACAGCCGCUGCUGGAGCAACAAUCCCAAAGUGCAUAGAAACACAGAGUCGCUCGACCACGUCAGUGACUUGCGCCAGUCCUUCUCCCUCCACUCGGGCCACGCCUACAUACCAUCCAUCUAUGCCAAUGGCAGCCAUCUGGCCCCAGCCCCACAGAAGACCCUGGUAGUGACAACCAACAGAGGGUCGUCACCGCAGGCCGUGUCCAGGAGCAAUGGCUCAGUCAGCAGGAAGCCCCGGGCUCAGUACACACACUCCUACACCAUCAGCCAAGCAAGCCUGGAGCGCACUGGUGCUGUCCCCGUCAUGGUUCCAGCCCAGAGUCGGGCUGGCUCCCUGGUAUAGGAUGCAAGCAGGUGGAGUGUGCAGAGAAGCAGCAAAGGGUGCCCCCAUCCCAGGGGGAGGGCGGGGUGGUGGACUGUUGGGAAAGACACUUUCCUGACCAUGAUCCUAGCAAAAAGCCCAAAGAAGGAGGCAGGGCUGUGGCCCGGCCACUAAGAUUGGUAAAAUGAACUGGAAUGCUCCAGCAUGAAGACUUGUUCCCCCACCCCAGCUGUCCCACGAUUCUGUUCAAAAAUCUGGAUCUCACAGAUGUGCCAAGCCAAGGAAAAAGGUAGAAGAGCAGAAUAACAUUUAAAACCCAAACUGCAGUCCAGAUGGGCUUGUUUUUUAAUUCAUGUCUAACGUAAUACUUUUUCAAGAGACUAAAGUGCCAGAUGGAGUUUAAAUAAUGAAAUUAUUUUAAAAGAUAGGUGUCUUUAGAAACAUACUGAGCAACCCUGUGGUACAUCCUGCCUUUCCCCGUCCCCUCUUGAUGUAGGGGGCCUAAUGGCAUAAAUGGCGAAUACUGGUCCUAGCAGGGCUGGCUCUUGUGUGGUAGAAUCAAAACUUUUUACACCAACAGAAUUCAGUAAGGAAUGGGUGAAAACUAGAAACUUCUUUGAGAAGCCCCUUCAUAUUUAUUUAUUUAUCUCUUCCUGGACCAUGAAUUUCAUAUUUGGAAUUUUGCUAUAUUGACAGAUUAUUGCCUGUCUAUGUUUUUCUAGGGUCUGUUAUAGGUCCAUGACAGUUACUGUUCAUUAUUUCCUGGGAAAAUAUUUUUUAAAAGAAAAAUGUUGUUUUUUAAAAAAAAAAUAUGAGAGAGGCAUUGGGUUAGGAAGGAAAAGACUACUGUUAACGCCACGUCCAGCGAGCUUGUUCGUUGAGCCCAGCAGGCGGCAAGACCUAGGUCGUGCAGGCGGCACAGGAGCAGGGAGGCAGGUGGGAGGGAAUUCCUGGCAGCCUCUCAGGGCAGGGCCGUCCAGGUCCCCUUGCUGUCGCACCAGGUUACUCUUAGUGAGGGCAGCACCCCAUGCCUUCGUACUGCGGUAGAUACCUUUCUCCUUGUUUGACAAGUCGAGGUUACUGGGUUGUUACAGGGAGGGCAGGAGUUGCUUUGCAUUUGUUUUUCUCAAAAUGAUUAUUUUUGCAAAAGAGAUAAGGCUGAGACAAAAGGGAUGUCUUCAGAUAUGCUCCUGGGAGGCUCUGCCCUGUUCUUGUCCCAGCUCAGGGUUGCAGUUUUGCCCAGAUGCCUUUUACACCCCUGUAAACAGAUUCUUUGCGAUUAAUUACCUGGCCUUGGGAGUUCACCAGGUAAUUUGCAGACUCUCCACUCUAUUUGUGCUCUGUAGAUCUGGCCGUGCUUGUAUCGGUGACUCUCUCGCCUUAAUCACACUUUAAGCAACACAAAUGAUUUCUUCCCAGAUUUUUUUCCUAGAUGAUGUAAGAUGCUGACCCUGGGAGUGGAGAAGAGCGUCUUUUCUUUCCCCGCUGCACUCUCUCAUUCCCUCUUUCCACUAUGCUUUUGCGCUCCUUUCCUGUAAGCAUACUCCUCACAGGAAGUGGCCUUCUGGCUUUCAGACUUAUUUGAAUAAUGGAAACCAACAGCUGCUGCAUACACUGUUUUUCCAAGAGGGCUAAGCUCAGAACCUAACCAUUGCAAUCAUUCCAAUAUUGAUGAAGAACUGAACUUACUUUAGCAUUACUUAUUUUUUCCGUUUGACGGUUCUUGACUUUGUAAAAAUUUAAAUAAAUGAAUGUCUAUACUUUUUAUAAAGAAGAGUGAAAAUGCCAUGACAGAAAAGAUGAUACUCUCAGAUGUUGUUUAGAAAGCAUUUAUCUUGCAUUUCUUUAUUCUUUCUAAUUACCUAAAAUUCAAUAAAAGUUUUAUUCAUAUAAAAA